AUGGAAUCAAUUGAGAUGCCGCAUUGCGGCAACCUGAACUCGGAUGUUCAGAAGACGUAUUUGGCCAAAAAGCAGCUAGGCACAAUUUGGCUCUAUGACGUAUGCGCGAAGGCGGAAGAAACAACGAGCAUUAUAGAUCCAUUUCGGAAAGUAUUCUGCGAGAAGAUCGAAGUUUGCCACAUGAAGUUUCGUAACUUUAUGAUGAAGUCUAUGUCGUUGACGUUUUCAAGGUUCGAGGAAAUCAUGAUGAUAAACGCAGGCACGGUAUUCUUUGCGAGCCCCGCAAAGCUGUGGGAAACGAAGAAGUACAACAAGACAGGCAAUUUCUUCAUGCACGACCGAAUUAUUGAAGAAGCAUCGUAUAUGGUACAACGAGUGGCUGGGAAACCUGAAGUCUCAAUAGAGCAGGAAUACUUGUCAAACUUUGACGUGAAACCAUUUAGGUCGCUCGCUACACUUGAACGACCGAAAGCUACUCUCAAGAACCCGACCUCUGUGACGCUUAACUUUGAGCCCAGUGACUUUCUUAUGACUAGUCAUUCGUUUAACACCCGCGCUAGUCGUCACGUCGACCCUUCUCUGGUGUUAUGGAACAAAAAGAGACAACCGCGAGCAACUGCAAUUUUGGCAUCGUUCAUUGCGUUGAAUAACAUUCUUGCUCCUCCAUCGUACGGUGACAACGAGUAUUUUUUCUACGCUAGUGAGCUAGCUGAAACCCUGUAUACGUUCUCGGAUCAUGCUAUGGGUGCAAUUGGCACGAACUUUAUCGAUGGCAGUCCGAAGAACUCAACAUUAUGUGGCGACAUGGCUCAGGUGCUUCCGAUUCACCAAGAUGGCGUGCCUGAUAACGAUGUUCCGCUAUUCUACCUAAACAGCAAUCGUAUCUUGGAUUUUAAACCGAACGUCGACCCUAUAUAUUACAUGAAGGCGCGGCCAUGGGCGUAUUAUCCGGGUCCGUUUGAUGAACGUACACAGAACUGUUCCUUUGGCAUUACUGUCGGAAUGCUUUCCGAAUAG